AUGCCAGAGGUCAUUGACCUUCUCUCCUCUACUCCGCCGCCCCGAGAGGACCGACCCCGACAACCACCUGUGCCAACAAAGCCAGCAGCGCCCUCAAACCCGCCCCUCCCCGCAACUUCUUUCUUGUCCGACGAUAGUAUCGAUGUCUCACUAUUCAACUACGACGAUCUCGACAACCCUACGAACAAAAGACGACGAGUAAGCGAAGAACCCCAAUCGCGGCACGAAACAACUACACGGGUAGUAUCCAAACAGUCAUGUUUCCAAUUCUCAGACGAAGAUUUCGGCCUUCCGCCGCCUCCCCCUCCUCCCGGUCCUUCUGAGCCGAAGCCCUCAACUUCAGCAUGGGACGUGCUGGAAUCAGAUCCUAUUGUCUUCACUUCCUCUGCUCCGGAGCCUGCUGGCAGGCCUCCUGUGAUUCGGAAGUCGAAUUUCACCCAAACGAAUACUAUUACGAUCGAUGAUGAUGAUUUUGAUUUUGACGAUUACAACGAUGACAACGACGGUAAUGGUAAAAAGAGUGCGGGUGGUGCUGUUGCGCGUAGAGUUGAGCGUGAUGAGAUUGAGGAAUUCAGCGAUCAGAUUCCGCUGCCUGAUUUGAAUGAGUUGAUUGCUCUCGAGGAGAGUACGAAAUCCACCGCAAAUCCGCUUUACUCCAAUAGGACAGCGAGUUUGUUGGCGAGUCUCGAAGAACGUCCGAAGGCUGGUCGUGGUGGAAAGGUAGCUUCGAAGCCAGUGGGUCGUCCGCGAAAGGACAAGGACAUUGAUGAUGAAUUGUCGGACGAUUUGGUCGAGCCUCGGAAACCGGCGAGAAAGACUUCCAGUAAACCUACGACUGCGGAUAAAGAAGCGAAAGCCAGAGAGCGAGAAGCGGCUAAGGCGCAACGUGAACGUGAGAAGCAAUUAGACAAGGAACGGAAGCAGAAGCUCAAGGAAGAAAAGGCCAAAAAGAAGCAGCUGGCUCAGGACAUCUCGGAGGUCAACAAGCUCAAGGUGGAUAAAAAGAACUCGACGCCCGAGAUGUUACUCGAUAUGUCGUCCUCGUUAGAAGAUACUAAUGUCGGGAAUCAAUCUAUCGAGUUUAUGAAACGCCUUGGUGUCGAACAUACAUUCUUUGCAAGCUCAAUUUCCAAUAUCGUCAGAUGGCGCCGGAAAGUCACUGCUAAAUUCAACGAGGGAGCAGGGUAUUGGGAACCAUGUCCCCUCCACAUCCGUCAAGAGGAGCAUGUACUGUGCCUGCUAACAGCACAAGAUUUUGUGGACAUGGUGAUUGCACCCGCAGACUCAGACGAAACAGACACCCUUGAGCAGCAUGUUCUUAAACUAAAAAAUGCUUACCCCAAUUGCAAACCCAUAUAUCUUAUUGAGGGUCUUGGGGUUUGGAUGCGAAAGAACAAAAAUUCGAGAAACCGGGCUUAUCAGGCUGAAGUCCGACGCCAAUUCGAACAAUCGAAUGAUGCUCCUGCUACAACUGCAACUGGUCGUCCCCGCAAGAAGGCUAACAAGCCCGAAACCACGCCUCCUAUAGAUGAUGAUACAGUCGAAGACGCUCUCCUUCAGCUCCAAGUCACAUACUCUUGUCUCAUCCACCACUCCAACGCAGCUCCAGAGUCGGCAGAAUGGAUCAAGAAUUUCACGGAGCAUGUGUCCACGAUCCCCUAUCGGCUCGAACGAAUGGAAGGAAAUGACUCAGCUUUCUGCAUGGACGUCGGCCAGGUCAAGUGCGGCGACGACAAAGAGGAUACAUUUAUCAAGAUGUUACAAGAAGUCAACCGCGUCACUGCGUCAAUGGCAUACGGCAUUAUUCCCAAGUAUCCCAGCGUAACGGAUUUGGUCAAAGCAAUGCGCACCCAUGGUCCAGGGAUGCUGGAAGAUGUCAAGAAAUCCGCAAACAAGACUGGGGGUGUAACCGAAUCCCGCAUCGGCCCAGCUGCUAGCAAACGAUUGUACAAAGUUUUUACAGGUCUUGAUCCAUCGUCGACUGAUAUCUGA